GGGCGCCCUCCGGAGAUGCUGCCGUGGAAGAAGCACAAGUUCGAGCUGCUGGCCGAGGCGCCGCCGCGGCAGGCGUCCAAGCCCAAGGGCUACGCUGUAAGCCUGCACUACUCGGCGCUCAGCUCGCUGGCGCGGGCGUGCCCCGAAGGCGCGCUUAGCCGGGUGGGCAGCAUGUUCCGCUCCAAGCGCAAGAAGCUGCACAUCACUAGCGAGGACCCAACUUACACCGUGCUCUACCUGGGCAAUGCCACCACCAUCCAGGCGCGCGGCGACGGCUGCACCGACCUUGCUGUGGGCAAGAUCUGGAGCAAGAGCGAGGCGGGCCGUCAGGGCACCAAGAUGAAGCUGACGGUGAGUGCGCAGGGUAUCCGCAUGGUGCACGCCGAGGAGCGCGCGCUGCGCCGCCCGGGCCACCUCUACCUGCUGCACCGCGUCACCUACUGCGUGGCCGACGCGCGGCUGCCCAAGGUCUUCGCCUGGGUGUACCGGCACGAGCUGAAGCACAAGGCCGUGAUGCUGCGCUGCCACGCCGUGCUGGUGUCCAAGCCCGAAAAGGCGCAGGCCAUGGCCCUGCUGCUCUACCAGACGUCGGCCAACGCGCUGGCGGAAUUUAAACGCCUCAAGCGGCGGGACGACGCGCGUCACCAGCAGCAGGAGCUGGUGGGCGCACACACCAUCCCGCUAGUGCCGCUGCGCAAGCUGCUCCUACACGGACCCUGCUGCUAUAAACCGCCGGUGGAGCGCAGCCGCAGCGCGCCCAAGCUCGGCUCCAUCACCGAGGACCUGCUCGGCGAACAGCAGGAGCAGGAGCUGCAGGAGGAAGAGGAAGAGGAGCAACCCGAGGGCUGCCCGGAGGAGGAGGAGAACCGUGCGGCAGAGGGAGAUCCAGCAGAGGAGGAGGCCGAGGCGCAGCGUGCGCUAGUGGUCGCCAUGCACUUUGAGUGCGGGGACUUGUUGGAUACUCUGGAGAAUGGCCGUGGGGAGGCGCUAGGAGGCGGCGGGGGCUCCCUGGGCCCGGGGGCCGGGCCGCCGCCUCUGCUGCUGGGCAGCGCCUCCGACAUGAAGGCUGAGCUGUCGCAACUUAUUAGCGACCUGGGCGAGCUCAGCUUCGGCAACGACGUGCGCACCCUGCAGGCCGACUUGCGGGUGACGCGCCUGCUGUCGGGCGACAGCACGGGCAGCGAGAGCUCCAUCGAGGGCGGGGGCCCUGACGCCACCUCCGCCACCGCCGGGGACUCGUCCGGCCAGGCCGACGGCGCCAGUGCAGACGAGCCCCACUCGGGCUGAGCUCUUCCGCGCGUCGCCGGCGCUCCACCGUGGCUACCCAUCCGUGGUCCCGACAACCUCCCUGUCCCUUGCCCGCCCCCAGGAAGGGGGAAAUGGGGCAUUUGGGGCCCAGACCUACACUUAGAGCCCAGGUCCAGCGUUCCCCCGACCGCUUCCCCCUACCUCCCGGCCCCCGCUCCCGCCCCAGCACUUUUGGCUCUGUUGCGCGUGGGGAUGCGGGGAGAUUUGAGAGGGGAAAGCCCCGCCAGGAGGGAGAGAGAGGCACCCCUCUGGGAUGCGGGUGAGGGAAGGUUGGCUGAAGUUCCUAGUCUCAGGCCGUAGGUGCCUGGCCAGUUUCCUGUUUGUGGGGCAGCUGGGGCCUGAGGAGGAGGGGUUCACUUCCUCCUCCCACCCCCUGGGAGCGGCCCUGCGCUGUCACUGACAUCUCAUUAAAAAAAAAAAAAAAUUUUGUUCUCAAGGUGUUUGAGGCUUUAAUGCAACCCUUUAGCCCUUGGUUCUUUUUGGUGCAAGAAUUCUGGCUGUUUACCUCAGACUCAGACCCCUGAAAUGUUGCCAAAUUCUUCAAAUAACUGUUUGGGGGGUGGGGGGAGAUGAAAGAGAGUUGCAUUUUGUUUACAGUUAAAGACAUCCAAUAUCUUAAAAAGGAGUUUUCCUUUAGAAACACACACACCCUUCCUCUUGCUCAAAAGAUCUCACUCCAUGAUACUGUGUAAAAUAUUUUUGCACUGUUGUGAAGUAUUUUUGACUUUUUUCUGUACAUAACUGUGUUCUCAGAGCUGAAUGUUUAUAUCUUUUGCUGUGCAAAAGAAACAUGUAAAAUGUUGUUCAGUUGUAUAUACAGAAAUGUGUAUAAAACAUUUUGUUAUUUUUUAAAAGUA